GGUGAGAAACGUUUAAUUCAAGUCCAUGCUUCGUCCGCUUGGCACGCGUUGGCUGCUUGAGAGAAAAACAAACCCAUUUCCCCUGUCUCUUUCAUACCGUGCCCAGCCCGAUUCCAACUGCGUGUGUGGCUCUGUGUGGUGGUUACUACGGUAAAUCGUUGUGUGAGGUCGUUUCGGUGCCAAUAUUGUGCGUAUUUUGGGAGGAAAAAAUCAAACCUUUCCCAUAUCGCCUGCCCGAUUACGGGGCUGCACAGAGAGCCCUGCUGGUAAGCAGAUUGGCCGCGGAAAGGGAUUCUCGCCAAAAGUAUCCCCUCCAGUGGGGGCAGCAGCAGCAUCGCUACAGCGUGUUGUUUACCUUGAGUGCAUCAUCUUUCCACCUGCUGGUGGUGGCUGAGAAGAACAUAAGAACGGGCCCCGCUUUAGUGAGUGGGGGUUGGUAGUAGUAAACGCUAAACUGAUUGGAAGGAACCGUCUGCCUGUGCGAGGUGUGAAGAAAGCCGCGUGAGUUCAAUCGCUUUUAUCGUGUACACACUGCGCGCCCAGCGCUUUCAGAUGAUAAUUGAGCGUGUGUAAACGUAGCGCCUACACUACUAAUACAGUACCGUAGCGCGCGCGUAGUGUGCGUACAAAGGAACAGGACGAGCGCGUUCUCUACAAACGUAGCAGCCGCUGUACAAAGGCCGCUCGGUCGGUGUGCUGCAGUGCUAACGAGUGCGGGUGGGUGCGGCCAAGUGAUUAGUCCGGUGAGCGUGCAAAAGUGUCCCAGUCAAUUGUAUUGCACCAAGUGUCAAACGCACGGCCCCUGUCAAAACGUGCCGUGUCAUCAACGUAGCAGCAGCAAGUGCUCUAAAGGAGAAGAUUUGAGUGGAAAAUUUUUGCAUCUCGUGAUCAAUCGUGCCAAGAGCAGGGGGAAAGCGAAAAGUGAUUUCGCUCCCAUUCGUUGAUUUCAUUACCUGAAAUAGAAAUCAUUCUGUGUCCCGGUCAGUAGCAAGUGUAUAGAGUGUGUAUCGUCUGCCACAACACAGGAGAGUGCUUUCUUUAUGUGCUGUUAGUGCUGUGUAUUCCCUCAGUGUGGUGUUUGUGUGGCGUGUGUGUGUGUGUGUGUCUGUGUGGUGUGUGCGGUGCCUCGUAAUCGGAAAUUCGUGUGCCGGUGGCCCUUUCCGCGCUACCGCGAGCCGUAUGAGCGAUCCAAGUGUCCUUGCCGCCGUGGUCACCGUUGCGGUAGGUCGUCGACCCAUCAACCACCUGCCAGCCUAUUUAGACCCGUAAAGGGAAGCCCACAGCAAACGCGAGCCCCUCGGCAAGCGGGUGGCGUUACCAUUCCUUUCGUUUGGACUGCCUUCUGUCCCCCGGUCGAACAUUACCUUAUCGGACAGAGUGCAGUUGGUGGAAAGUAGCAACGUAGAACGUAGAAGUCAGCUAAAGGGAAAGAGCAUUCCCAGAUCACUGUUUGGUGUGUCUCUGUGUGUGUGUGUGCGCUGCAACUGCAUUUCGCUAUCCCGUAACCGUGGAAGCCGUACUGGACCGUGGGGACGGAGGGGGCGCAUCCGCUCUCACGAUGAGCUUGAAGAAGGCCAGCCGCACCAAGAGCCUGUCGCUGAGCGGGGACGACUUUCCGCUCCGUCCGGUCGGCGGCAAUGUCGCGGGCAAACCGAAGGGCGCCUUCAGCACGCUGAAGCGGCCGGAGGACACGCUCAAGAUAUUGAAGUACAUCGACGACAAUGUGAUCGGGAAGGGUGUUGCCUUUCUGGGACCGUACGGCCGUCGCAAAGUGGUGUAUGCCGACUAUGCGUCAUCUGGCCGUUCGCUCCAGUUUUUAGAAGAUUACAUAAACAAAGAAGUGCUACCGGCGUUUGGUGAUAUCAGCUGCAUAUCGGCCGUCACGGGAUUGCAGUCACAGUUAUAUGACAAUGAAGCACGGGAUCUGGUGCGUGCCGCAGUCGGUGCCAAUGGAGAUGAUGAGAUCAUUUUCUGUGAUAAUCCCGCCGAACGUUUGUGCUACCUGCUGUCCAACCCGAAUUUGUGCGACCUCAGCCAGUCUCAGUUCAACAACAACUCUCACAGUGCCAUCAGUGCCAACGUAUCGCUCGGUGCGCUGCACCAACAGUCGCUCCAGCUCGGCACUUCCAUCCGGCACAACAGCUUCUCCAACACGUCCACCCUCUCGGACAGCGUGGUCGACAUUACUCAGCUCCAGUCGGCGGCCCCGCCAAUCCUGUUCGUGAGCACCUCGGAACCGGUAUCCAACCUGCGCUCGUGGAUCGAUGCCGGCUGGCAGAUCGAGCGGAUACUGAAAAAUCACGAAGGCUUCCUGGACCUGGUCGACCUGGAGAAGCGCCUGCAGCACUUUUCCGAGGCGCGGCGCAAGAUGGUCGGCCUGUUCUCCGGUGCGUCCCGGCUCACCGGCAUCCUGGCGGACGACGUGGCUACCACGAUACUGCUGCACCAGUACGAUGCGCUCUCCAUCUGGGACCACUCGAUGGCGGCGUCCUGUGCACCGAUCUGCACCAACCCGAUCCUACCCGGAGCUCAAAAGGACGCCAUCUUUUUCCACUGCAACCGGCUGGUCGGUGGUGUGCAGGCCCCGGGCGUACUAGUCGUUAAGCGUAGACUAAUCGAACACAGUACCUCUUUUAUGACCGACUCGGUCGGGGUCGUCGGUGCCGUCCGGGCCGGGCUCGUGCUGCAGCUGAAGGAAUCGCUCGGAUCGCAGGCGAUCAUGGGCCGGAUGGAGAAGACGUGCAAGCAGAUGCUGGCCCACGUGCGCACCAUUCCGGAGAUUGUGCUGCUCGGGCCACCGUGCACCACGGCCAAGCGGCUCACGACGCUCUGCUUCAUGGUGCGCCAUCCGCGCGGUGCCUUCCUGCACCACCGGUUCGUGGUGGCGGUGCUGAACGAUGUGUUCGGCAUACAGGCGACGGCCGACAACAUGAUGAGCGACUCGCUCGGCAUCAACCCGCAGCUGAUGGUGGAAUACGAGAAGCUGCUGCACGAUGAGUCGCUCAAGGCGGGUCACCUGCAUCCCGGCUACACGCGCAUAACUUUCCCGUUCUUCAUGCCGGAGGCGGAGGUCGCGUUCAUACUGGAGUCGCUCAAGAUGGUCGCGACCGAGGCGUGGAAGCUGCUACCUCAGUACGAAGUGGACGCACGGUCCGGCGAAUGGCGGCACCAUUCGAACUCGCUGGCCAAGGAACGCAAAUGGCUGGGCGCGAUCCGCUACAUCGAUGGCAAAAUGCUGUUCUCCGAUCGGCGCAUCUCCGGCCCGGGCGCGUUCCCGCAGAACUACUCCGAUUGCCUGCAGACGGCGCGGAAUCUGUUCAACCGGGCGCGCAAAAUGGCCCAGCGGUCCACGACGGAUGAGAUCGUGCUGAAGUUGUCGCACGCGGCGAUAGAGAAUCUACGCUGGUACAUGCUGUCGGGCGAGGCUCACGAGCUGCUGCUGGGCCAUUCACACAAUGUCAAAAAUUGCGUGCCGUUCGAUCCUACUAGAAUACCUGAAAACUCGUCGCUGAUGUUGAUCCAUCGACACCACAGCCUGUCGGCGCUGGACAUUAAGCGAUUCAAGAGCCGCAGUUUGCCGGCCUCGCCGCUGCAGAUAUCGAACCGCCGGCAGAACUCAUCCUCAUCCCCGUACCAAUCGCACAGCCCCACACCGACCUCGUCGCCGCCGAUGGUAAGAUUCUCGGUCGGCGGUGAAGUGACGCCCAUGCUGAACGUCACCUCGUUGGCAUCCGGGCACAUGAGCAACACUUCUGCCGCCGGUAUCACCGUCGGUCCCGGUGGACCAAUUGGGCGAGACAUGAACGUGAGCCGUAACAGAUGUCACAGCUGGGGAGCCGCCAGCUAUCGUCCACACAUCGGCGGCACCGGCCUUACUGCACGGGAUGUGGACGUAAGCGAAGCAUCGAGCAGCGAUACCCAUGACUUCAGCGAUGGCAGUUCCGUCACCACGCUGCAGGCACUGGGGCCACAUACGCGCGCCAGCCUGGGGCUAGAACCGCACCAUCAGCAUGCGCGAUCGUACCAAACGCAACAGUCAAUGCCGGCGGCUCCAUCCCAGCAGCAGCAGCAACAGCGGCCCCAGCUACGCCGUCCCCUGUCCAUGAUGGGAACAGGCGGUGCCAGCGCACCGAUACCGAUACUGCCCCCGUCGGGGGCCGGUCGGCUCCCAAAACAGCGGUCCUGCUCGUGCAGCAGCCAGACGGACGCCGUUAGCCUGACGCAGCGCAACGAUAGCCCACCGCAUCCGGGGACAGCGUCGCCGACACCGAGCCUUCCGAAUCUGCGCUCGCUCAUGGGAAGUAGCUGCAGCGAAAGCACGGAAGACAUUCAGGCGUACGUGAAGGAGAUGACGAAGGAGCUGGCCACCGAGAUCAAGUCCGAGAUACGGGAGGUCAUUAGCAAGGUGGAGGAUGUGCUCGAAAGCACCGACAGCAUCGAGAUGAGCAGCUUGGUCAACUUCAACUCCCUCGGGCCGCUAAGCCAUCCUGCGCCGACGGACAGCAAGCGCGAUUCCAUCUGCACCAGCGAUGUGGUGGACUAUCUGCGCGAGUUCAGCAAGGGGAUGACGAACGAGGUGAAGUCCGAGAUACGGGACGUCGUGAAUGCGGUCGAUGAGAUUAUCUCGCCCGAAGGAUUUCUCGGUGCGCGCAAAAACUCACCCCCGGACAUAGUGCGCAGCAGCAACGGUGGCGCAGCAUCAGCAGCAGCAGGUGGAACGUCCAACGCAGCCAGUGUCGGCGAAGCGGCACCACACAAACUCUUGAUCAAACAACGGUACAGCGAUAUUACGCCGGACGCCAAACUCCAUCGGCCCCGGUCGGCCGACCACGACAACAGCAAGCACCGGUCGGAAUCGUUCCCGCGGCCCAGUUCGGCCGCCAGCCCGGACUAUAUGAUGGGACCGUUGCCGCCGCUGCACGGUGCGGCCGGACCGAUCGCCGCCUGCAAGAGUUUCGAUCCACGGUCCACCAUGUCGUCGCAGGACUCCGGCAUCAAUAUGAACUUUUGCGACGCGCCGGACGAUAGUGCCGGGUGCCGGGUACGGGCGACGGGCCGGACGGUUGGCCACGAUAGUAGGAUACGCACCGUCUCCGCCGAUGUCGACAACACGACACACAAGCCAGCAAUUCCACCGCGACGGCUCAUAUCGGAACCGUCCGGUGGAUCGAUCGUUGAAACAUCUCCCAAUGCGGACACGGCCAGUCCAAACGAUCGACAUCCGCUUGGUCCGGCCGAUGCUACUGCGGGCAAAAGUCCCCUAACCCGCCAGCAGCACGUCCUCAACCGUACACCUUCGGGGGAGACCGUCGUCGGGCACGUGACGCCUGGGACGGCCGGUGGCGUCCAGUGGCACCAGAUGCCGAAGGAAGUCUGGAAGCAGGCAGCCGAGGCCCUGGACGAGUAUCAAAUGCUGCAGGAGGGCGAUCGCGUCCUGGUGUGCCUAUCGGGCAGUAGCUCCACCCUGUGUUUGCUGCAUCUGUUGCGUCAGUUUUGUCAAACCCGUCGGCUGAAGGUGCAGCUGGCCGCCGUCACCGUUGGCAGCGCGGACAGUGGAGUGGAUCCGCGCGCGCUAAUGUUGUACCUGAAGGAGCUUGAUGUGCCGUACUUUUAUGAGCCGCUAGCUUCACACGAAUCACUUACCGAUCAGCUGAUGCACCACGUUCGCCACCGGCAGUACAACGUGCUGGCAAUGGCCAGCACACUCGACAAGCUGGCCGAUCGGUUCCUCACCUCGCUGCUCCACCGGGGCGAGCUGUGUGCGCUGCCGGCGGUGCAGCGCUCGGAGGAUGUGUCGAAAUCGCACCCGGAAGGAGCGGUGCGCAUCAUUCGGCCGCUGUUGUUUUUGCGCGAGAAAACAUUCGAACAGUUUGCGGCCGCCCACGGUCUACCGUGUCGAAGAACCAUGGCACGCUCGGGCUCGAACACUGGCGAGCGUUCGCUCGGCGAGCUGCUGCAGCAGCAAGAGCAGCUUAAUCCGCUCGUUUAUCAAAACAUUCGCAAUGCGCUACGGCCAAUCCUUUCGCUCCGAACCGAAGCAUCCAAGUCGGCGUACGAAAUGCUGCGAUCGUCCUUAAAUACGCGCGAGUAGUAGUAAUAGUAGUAGUAGCAGUAGUGUAGAAGCGCACCAUAAUGGGCGAGCUUGUAAAUAUGUAGGAAGACAACAGGGAAUAUCACUAAUUUAUGCAGGACCAAGUCACUGUUAUGUUACAAUUGUAUGUGUAAUGUGCGAAAUAAAAACAGACAACCAGACUACUCGAA